UCUCAUCCCGAGAUCGACUCUCCGUCUGUUCAUGCUGUGGGGAACACGUUAAAAAAGAGUUUAGUCCUCUCACUCGCUUCACUAACGCAUCAGUCACACUCUUGACUGCCAGAGUGAGACAGUAGUGAAAUAGCACAGCAUAGACACGUUUUAUUGAGUAAGAUUUGAGAUCUGAGACAUUUUUUUUGUUUUCCUCGUGUUGUGAAUCGUCAAAAUGUGUCUGUGGAAUACGUAAAUUUGAGUAAUCCAGAGGGAAAUUAUAGAGAUUAUCCUCUUGUCGUCGGGAGACAAGAGCUAUGGUGUUGAUUAGGAGUGCAAUCGCGGCUGUGCUGCUUUGUCAUCUUCUUCAUGUAGCGAUCGGCAAUGGUCAUCAGAAUGAUGACUUGGUCUUCGAUUCAGACGGGAAACAAGCGUCAUUUUCAGUUCCAGUAGUUGACAAAACUGUGGACACAUUCUUCAGCCGGGUUAAAAGGCAAUUUAAUUUGUUCGAUUGGUUUAAACCAACGACAACCACAACAGUAGCUCCAGAUACAGAACCAACUACAGUAGCUACAACAGAUUUAAUCGACUAUGCCACCACGCUGCAUCAUCGCACUGCUAGAAACAGUGAAGAAAUUAUUGGCGAUUCAAAUCAUGUCAAUGGAAAUGUCGACAAAAAUGACGAGGGCAAUGACAUUGAAGAACCGGCGGCGUCGAGACAACGACCUGAUUACGAUAAUCCAGACGAUGAGGAUCUCGCGGCUGGCUCCGGAGAGGUCGAAGGAAGUGCCGCUGAGGACUCGAUCCAUACAAAUAGACAGCCACAAGGAGGACGGCAGCCUAAGUUCUACCGAAUCACUGUGACUGUACAAGAACCGUACAUCGCUGAAUACACUGACACGAGGAGUUCUGAUUACGUACAGCUGAGCAAAAAUUUGACUCAAGCACUCGAUGAACUGCUGUCUCAACGCAUUCCCAACCAUGAUCAUGUUGCUAAUGUCGUUAAAAUAUCACCAAAAGAUGAUGCAUUUACUUCAGAAGUCACUCUGGACAUUGGGUCAACUACGCCUUACGAGUCCCAAGUGCGGGAAAUCCUGGAAGAACAGUUGCAGAUGCAUGUCCUAGGAAAUGUUCAGGUGUCCCCCGAAGGAUUCACAUUCCGUAGCUUCCCAGAAUGUUUCGAGCACACUCAUCUUAAAUGUAGAGAUGGUACUUGCGUGCCUCUAAGUGCACGUUGCGAUGGUGUGCCCCAGUGUCCAGAUCAGUCUGACGAGUUGGACUGUACAGCAAGCCCAACUGAAGAAACUCAUUAUGACAGUGAAACUGAGUAUCCAGGUAUUCUAUCACCGACUAAUGACACAAACGAGCCCAAACGUUUACCAAGGCCUCCCUCUGAAAACAAUUGCCGCGGCGAUGAUGCAGUUCCUUGUAAAGAUGGAAGUAGAUACAUUUGUUCGGUGCAAGAGUGCGAUGGCAUUCCUGAUUGUGACGAUGGUGCUGAUGAGGAGGAUUGUGGAACGAGUUGCGGAAGUGAUGAAUUCUCUUGUGACGUCGGUCGGUGCAUCUUGCAGAGGCAACGGUGUGAUUUUAUUCAAAAUUGCGAGGAUGGCAGUGAUGAGAGAAGCUGCAACUAUCCCGCUUGCACUCAACAUGAAUUCCGUUGUAGAAAUCACCAGUGUAUAGACAACCGAUUACGAUGCAAUGGCAUAACUGAGUGUCACGAUAAAUCGGAUGAGCUCAACUGCCCAUGCAAAGACAGCGAAUUUGAAUGCGCCGCUGGCUUUUGCAUUUCGAAACAUCGGAGGUGCGAUGGAGUUAACGAUUGCUCGAAUAAAAGGGACGAGGAGAACUGCCCCAACUACAAACACUGUAGAGCCGAUGAGUUCGAUUGUGGUGGCGGCCAUUGCAUCAAUGGUACAGCAAGGUGUGAUGGUCGCAGUGAUUGUCCAGACCGUUCCGAUGAGAAAAAUUGCAGCGUAACGACGUGCAGUAGCGAUCAGUUUCGUUGUCUUGACGGUUCCUGUGUGGGAAUCGAUAAGAGAUGUAACGGCUACAAUGACUGCAGGAAUGGCGAGGACGAGACCCAAUGUGGUUGUGGAGCUGGUGAGUUUCGUUGCAGCGACGGCCAGUGCAUCGCCAACAAUUUGCAGUGCAAUGGGUUUAUUGAGUGCCGAGAUGAAUCGGACGAGCGUGAUUGUGGUUACGCUCCUUGUCCCUUGAUGGAAUUCACCUGUGGUGAUGGGUCUUGCAUCACCAAGGAAUCUGUUUGCGAUGGAAUCGACAAUUGUCCUCGGGCUGAGGAUGAGCUUAAUUGCGACCGAGGCUGCACGCCCACACAGUUCAAAUGUGCCACUGGGGGCAAGUGCAUCGAAGAGAUCUACAAGUGUGACGGUCACCCAGACUGUCCUGACAGAAGUGAUGAGGUCAACUGUGAACACAAGGGAACCAAAAAUAAUACCAUUGACAGCGGCUCGCAUACCAAUGGUAGCAGUUGGGUAACAGAGAGACCUGUGGAAUGUGAUCCCAGUUACGAGAUGCGAUGCGGUGAUGGUAAAUGCAUACCGUUGAGUCUUAAAUGUGAUGCUAUACCCGAUUGUGAUGACUACAGCGAUGAGCGCGAGUGCGGGAAAUGCGAAAUUAACGAGUGGAGGUGCGCCAAUAGCCAGUGUAUACCCGAGAUUUACAGGUGCGAUGGACAGAUUCAAUGUCGUGAUGGAUCUGAUGAAGAAAUUUGCGUUAAUGAAUGUCCAUCGGGAAUGUUUCGAUGCAACGACGGACUCUGUCUCGACGAGCGCAGACGCUGCGAUGGAGAGCCUCACUGUAGUGACGGGUCGGACGAGAUCAAUUGCAAGGCACCCUAUUGUCCCGAUGGUCAGGUCGCUUGUGCCAAUGGUGCUUGUAUUCCUAAGCAAUUUUUAUGCGAUAGAAAUAUCGAUUGUCAUGAUGGCAGUGAUGAGAGCAACUGUCCGGAUAGUACACCUUACCCACCAUCAAGCGAAUGUAGAGCAGACGAGUACACGUGUCAUGAUUACACCUGCAUACCGCAGUCAGCAGUUUGCGAUGGUAGACAAGACUGUUCGGGGAAUGAGGAUGAACUCCACUGCAGACGAGGGUGUGUUCGAGGACAAUUCCAGUGUGGUAAUGGUGAUUGCGUCGAGGAGAAACAAAGAUGCAAUGGAGUUUAUGACUGUGAUGAUGGUUCUGACGAAGAGGGUUGUGUUGAAUCGACAACAAUAUCAUCGGGAGGCCGUCACUGUUCCCCAGGACAAUUCACUUGCAGAACAGAUCGGACCUGUGUACAUUACUCAUCUCGUUGCAAUGGUAUCCCAGAGUGUAGAGAUAAAUCGGAUGAAGAAGGAUGCGACACCAAUGAGACUGAUGGCCUCAAUCUGAAGACCUACCCAAGCGAGCAGAUAAUCAAAGAAAACCCAGUGAGACAAGGUCGUGAAGUGGUCUUCCAAUGUCGUGACGAGGGAUCUCUUCGAUCAGCAGUCCGUUGGAUUCGUGGCAACAACCUUCCCCUGCCCCCAGGCUCCCGAGAUAUAAAUGGUCGGCUAGAGAUUCCCAACAUUCAAAUGGAGCAUGCCGGCAUCUAUAUUUGUGAAGCCGUAGGUUAUCCCCCAUCAACCCCUAAUCAACGAAUAACAGUUCACCUGGAAGUGGAAAAGUUCGAGCCCCCAGCGACGCGUCCCCCUCAAGUCUGCAAGUACAACGAAGCCACUUGCAGCAAUGGUGACUGCAUUCCAAAAUCCUUGGUUUGUGACAAUAAAUUCGACUGCACAGACGGCUCCGAUGAGAUGCGGUGCAACCCCCACGGCUGUGAGCCCAACCAAUUUCGUUGUCAGAGCAAAGAAUGCGUUCUUAAAAUUUGGAGAUGCGAUGGUGACAAAGACUGCACCGACGGCAGUGACGAGGAGAACUGUGGCACCCCACCGCCAGGUUCCGUCUGCAGAUCCGAUGAAUUCCAGUGCCACAAGUACGACCAAUGCAUUCCAAAGAGCUAUCACUGCGACAUGGAGAGAGACUGUCAAGACGGUAGUGACGAGAUCGGUUGCUCACCAGUGUAUAUCAUCAAGCCACCACAACCAAUGAUGGUUCUCACUCCUGGUGAAACAAUGGUUCUCACCUGCACAGCCAUUGGUGUCCCAACGCCUGAGAUCAACUGGAGAUUGAACUGGGGCCACGUACCUGAAAAAUGUUUCUCUACCUCUAGCAAUGGCACUGGCACCCUCACCUGUCCUGAUAUUAGUGUUUCUGAUCAAGGAGCCUAUUCAUGUGAAGCUAUCAACGCUGCUGGCUUUGUAUUCGCCAUUCCUGAUUGUAUUCUCAUUGUCAAAGACACUCCAACUGUUUGUCCGAGGGGAACAUUCAAUUCUCAAGCCAGAAGGCCUGAAGACUGUAUACCUUGCUUCUGUUUCGGCGUUGUUGAUGAAUGUAGAAGUGCUAAUUUAUUUACUUAUCAGAUUCCUCCGCCUUUUGAUAGACACAGAGUGCUGAAUGUUGAUAUCAAUGGCCUGAGGAUUGCUGGAGAGUUGCCAAGUCAGAUUGCUGAAAUUAGACCUCAAGGAAGGGAUGGAGUUGACAUUAUCAUUCCUUAUUCCGAUAGUUCUGUAUUAAACUCUAGAUCUGGCUAUGAAAUACCUUAUUUUGCUCUUCCUGAGGCCUACCUUGGCCCUCAGUUGUUGUCUUAUGGAGGAUAUCUGAGGUAUAAUGUGAGAUACAGUGGAAAUGGCAGGAAUAAUAGUGCUCCCAGUGUUAUUAUCAUGGGAAAUAACAGAACUUUAAUUCAUCGAGGGAGAAAUAUUUUGCCGGACAAGGAGAAUGAAGAGGCUGUUAGGUUCUUUUAUGGUGAUUGGUACAAGAUGGAACAUGCAAGAGAAAUUCCAGCUAGCAGGGAGGAUAUAAUGAUGGUUCUAUUGCAUGUGGAUAAUAUUCUCAUAAAGGCUAAAUACGAGACGAGUCCUCAAUUGGAUAUCUCUAUAACUGACAUUACUAUGGACUCUGCUCACGAUACUGGAUCUGAAGUCGCAUCCUUCGUAGAAGAGUGUUCCUGCCCAUCGGGAUACUUUGGCCACUCCUGCCAAAGCUGUGCCGCUGGUUUCCUGAGGCGUUCAGGAGGCCUCUGGUUAGGGGAAUGCUACAGGGAUGAGCCUCCAUGUCCACCUGGUUACUAUGGGGAUCCAUCGAGAAAUAUUGAAUGCAAACUCUGCCCGUGUCCUUUGACUAAUCCAGCAAAUCAAUUCACAAGAACUUGUCGACUUGGCUCCAAUAUGCGACCAAUUUGUCAAUGUCCUCCUGGAUACGAUGGAGAACGGUGUGAGAAAUGUGCAGAUGGUUACCAUGGAAAUCCUCUCAUAGCUGGAGAUAUGUGCGUUCAGGAUUCUAUUUGUGACCCACGGGGAAGUCUUUCAGCAACUGCUGAUGUUGAUGGAAAAUGCAGAUGCAAGCAAUCUGCUACUGGAUUAACUUGUGAUCAAUGCAAGCCCAAUACCUUCAAUCUAGCUUCCAACAAUCAAUUUGGAUGCAUCAGCUGUUUCUGCAUGGGCAUCACCAACAGAUGUUCUGAAUCCAAUUGGUACAGAAGUGAGAUACACGUAUCGUUUACCAAUUCCAUUCGCGACUUCUCCUUGCUCGAGUCUCUCAAACCAGACGCGCCCCAAAUAUCUACAGGAAUCCACUUGGAUCCCACCCGAAGAGAGAUCAUCUACUCAGACUUUCCGAAUCGGGGAAAUGGUGACGUCUAUUAUUGGCAAUUACCCUCCAUCUUCCUUGGCGACCAAGUGACAUCCUAUGGCGGCAGUCUACGCUAUACAGUCCGCUACGUUCCUUCUCCAGGUGGACAAAGCUCCAGGAAUAAUGCGCCUGAUGUAGAGUUAGUCUCAGCUAACGACAUCAAUCUACUCUACUAUUCCCGAGAGUCUCCGGAGCCCAACUCCAACCAGUCAUUCGCAGUUCCACUCCUUGAGCAAUUUUGGCAGAGGACUGAUGGCACUCAAGCCGACAGAGAACACCUGCUAAUGACUCUGGCCGACAUUAAAGCCAUUAAGGUCAAGGCAACCUAUACGACCCAUACAGAUGAAGCAGCUCUGGCUCAUGUAUCAUUGGAUACUGCUGAAAAAUAUAAUACAGGCAAGGAGAAAGCUGUCCAAGUUGAGGAGUGCAGCUGUCCCGUUGGAUAUACUGGACUGUCUUGUGAGGAUUGUGCUCCAGGUUACACGCGAGCUUUUGAGGGACUCUAUCUAGGAAUUUGCGAACCAUGCCACUGCAAUGGACACUCCACUCAGUGUGAUCCUGAGACUGGAGUCUGCGAAAACUGUGGAAAUCACACAACUGGAGAGCACUGUGAUCUCUGCGAAUUGGGAUACACCGGUGAUCCAAUAAGGGAGGGCUGCAAGUAUCACGGAGAAUUCCCUGAACAGUGCAACUGCAAUCCAGCUGGAUCUACCUCUACCCAAUGUAUCAAUGGUCGUUGUCAAUGUAAAGUCAACGUCGAAGGGGCUAAUUGCAACAGAUGUCGUCCUGCUACCUUUGGACUGUCAUCGGAUAAUCCAAAUGGCUGCAAUCAGUGCUUCUGCAGCGGAGUCACUGAUCAAUGUCAUGAGAGCUCGCUCUACAUACAACAGAUACCCUCUUGGGUAUAUGAUUCUAAACAUGGAUUUACCCUCACUGAUGCAUCCAGAAGAGACAUAAUUGAUGAUGCUUUUGAUAUUAAUGUGGCUAUGAAUGAGAUUGGAUAUCAGUAUAAUCCUGCCACCAAGAAUAGAAGGCUCUUCUGGAGUUUACCUACCACCUUCACAGGCAACAAAGUAAAGAGUUAUGGGGGAAAUCUUACGAUGACACAGAGGUUCAAGGCGGAGGAUGGGGCCAAGAGCAUUGUCGAUCAGGAUGUUAUGCUCCUUGGUAAUGGAAUAUCACUUUUCUGGACUAAUUCAGUGAGCUUGUAUCCAGAUAAUCAUAUAACAUACUCAGUACCGCUUAGAGAAUCUGAAUGGCGUAGACUAUCGCCAGAAGGUCCAAAGAGACCCUCGAGAACCGAUAUGAUGACGGUACUCUCGAACCUAGAAGCAAUUCUCGUUCGGGCGACUUACAGUGAAGGAAUGAUCAGUACCUACAUCAGUGAUAUUAGCCUAGACACAGCGGUCGAACAUUUCACUGGCAAGAACAGAGCUACGCAGAUUGAGAGCUGUCGUUGUCCACUAGGGUACACUGGCACUUCCUGUGAAUCAUGUGCACGAGGAUAUUAUCGUGAUAUCACUGACAGAUCAGUCAGUCUUCUUGGUGCCUGUAAUGCCUGUCCUUGUAAUGACCACGAGGAGAGCUGUGAGAUGCAUAGAGGAGGACUCAUCAAGUGUCACUGUCUUUCCGGUUACACUGGACAUUAUUGUCAGGAUAUUGCUGAACUACGGGUAGGUCUAAUGCCGAUGAAUGCAGAAGCUCCAAGGAACACUGAAAUCGAAAUGAAAUGUUCCUACAAUCAUGGACAGAAAUUAUACAUUUACUUUAAAUUAUCCUCGUACAAUGGUCUCCCAUUGACUGCUUGGGCACUGGAGCCAGGACCUCUAGUGCAGACUGACGGUGGGGCUUAUAGAUUCUGGAAGGUGCAUGUAGGACAGCAUCCAUGUAUCGUAGAGUGUUCUAUUUUGGAUCGACAUGGCAAUGAAUUAGCUAUGAUAACGACUACAGUUGCACCAGUGGAUUAUCCAUCUGUAACGACUCCUCCCGGUCCUGAACCCUCACCCCCAAGGAUUUCCGUCUCCAUUCAGGAGGAUAAAUUGCGGAUUGUCCAUGUGGGCAGCACUGUGAAGUAUCAAUGCACAGGAAGAUCAUUGGAUAAUAAUGAAGUGCGUAUCCGAUGGGAGAAAGAAGGCGGUAGAUUGCCAGAUCGCAGUUUAGAGGAUUCGCAUGGACUUCUCAUCAUUCGGGAUGUUAAAGUGUCAGACAGUGGUGUUUACAUUUGUCACGUUACUGAUGGAGUUAAUAUCGCUGAUCAAAGAGUCACUCUCACUGUUGGAGCAUUCCCCAAAAGUCUUCUAAAUAUUCCAGGUGCCAAUCGAGUGGAACCAAAACCACACAUUCGGCCUGCAUACCAAGAAAUUCGUGAAGGCGAACCCGUAGAGUUUCACUGUGAAGCCUCAGGCAAUCCUCAACCUCAACUAGAAUGGAUGCGAGUCCAAGGUCAAAUGAAUCCAGAGGCAACAUUCCAGAAUGGAGUCUGGAGGAUUCCAGCUGUGACGAGAGCUGAUGCAGCUGAAUACAAGUGUAUUGCUAGGAAUGAAUUGGGUGUUAAGGAGCAGACUACGAUUUUGUACGUAGUGAAUAAUCCCAACAGACCACGUCCCAAUGUAUAUCCUGAUGUUGGACCCAUCAUAACACCCCAAGAGUGGAUUGGAUCCAGCGGGGAUACUGUCAGAAUGGUCUGCACUAGAUCGAAUUACCAUGCGACUGUCCACUGGACAAGAUCAGGGGGACUACCGUUACCUAUCUCAGCUAGUCAGACAGAUGGCGUAUUGACAAUGACUAAUCCUGGAACUAGCGAUUCAGGCAUUUAUAUAUGCGUGGCAACAAGUUACCAAGGAACAGAGUCCUCCACCACCUCCAGGAUCACGAUCCACCCUCGUCGGAAUCCGCCAAUGGUAAAAGUUGAACCCGAAAAACAAACAGUCUUUCAGGGCACAGUUGCCGAAGUUAAAUGCCUAAUUAACGAUCAAAAUUCAAACAUCCAAGUCCAAUGGUUGAAAUACGGAGAGAGUUCUUCGUUGGGUCCUCGAGCUCAACAAUAUGGUAAUACCCUCAAGAUCGUUCGUCCCCAAGUGUCAGAUCGAGGUGUCUAUAUCUGUCGAGCAACAAAUGCAGCUGGUGUUUUUGAGGCAUCUGCAAUGAUUGAAGUGUCUCCUCGAGAAGCUCCUGCAGUUGAAAUCUACCCCCAUAAUAUUCAACCUGUUAUUCUUGGAGGAUCAGCAGAUCUCCAAUGUCGAGUAUCGGCAGGUUUCCCUCUUCCUGAGGUCCAUUGGUCCCGUCAAGACGCUCGACCUUUCGGUUCCAAUAUCGUCAGCCUUCCUGGAGGUCUCCUACGUCUUACCAAUAUCACUAUUAAUGAUGGAGGCAGCUACCAGUGUACGGUGACCAAUGAGGUUGGAUCAACCUCUGCUGUAGCUCAAAUCCAAGUCCAAUCAAUUCCAGUGAUCAAAAUCACUCCAAAUACUGGCAUAAUCAGAGUUAGAGAGAAUGAGAGAGUGAGAUUAACAUGCACUGCUGAGGGUCAUCCUCAACCCAACGUUGCUUGGAGCAAACAUGGCCAGCAGCAAGGCUAUCAGCCGUCUUACACGUUCAUGCAAGCGCCUCACGCUCCUCCACUCUCGGCAGUUUAUGAAAUACUCUCAAUGUCUCCCAAUGAUGAAGAUUCUUAUACAUGUAAAGCUGUUAAUGCAGCCGGUGUUUCGGAAGAACGAGUUCAAGUAAGAAUCGAAGACGAUGACAACAGCGUAGACGAGUAUCCACCACCAUGCAGAGGUGAUCAACCCUGUGAGAGACCCGUGGAUCGUCCCUAUCCGCCAGUCCCUCCAAGGGGAAGAGGAACAGGAGUGAGUAUCCCUGAGGAUUACCUGAGAAUUCCUAUUGGUGGCAAAGUAGAGAUAAGGUGUCACGUAGCCGGUCCUGACGACUCAAGGAUUUACCUCGACUGGAUUAGAUCAGAUCAUCGAACCUUGCCAGUAGGUAGCACAGUCCAUGAUGGAGUCUUGACGAUACCUGACGUACGCAGGGAUGCAGCUGGAGAAUACAUCUGUUUGGGAUUGGACAGCGACAAUACUGAGUUAUUCAGAGCAAAGAGUCAUGUGGAAGUCAUUUCAUUACCCAGAAUCGAGUUGAAUCCCAGCACCCAGACAGUCGCGCCUGGAGAGAGUCCUUCAAUUGUUUGUACAGCUACUGGAGACCAACCCCUCAGGAUUCAGUGGAGCUCUAUCGGCAGGCAAUUACCCCCUAGCGUCACCGAUGACAAUGGAGUUUUGAGAUUCCAUGGAAUCACUUACAAUGAUGCUGGAAAAUACGUGUGUAAGGCGACAAAUUCAGCUGGAAUUGCCGAAGCUGUUGCUGAGGUACUUGUCAAUGCUGAAACCUACAGAGAUCCUGGCAUUAGAGCUGUCGAACGGGAUAUCAAUGCAGUCGCAGGAAGUUCUAUCAAACUGAGGUGUGACACCAGAGAGAGGGUGCAGAUCAGCUGGAUCAGGGAGAGUCUGCCCCUCCCGAGGAAUGCUCGUAUCCAGAACAAUCACUUGCAACUGGAGAGAGUUAGACCUGAAGACAGUGGACGAUACAUCUGCCAAGUCACCAAUGACAAAGGAGGAGUCUCCAGCGAUUACGUUAAUGUCCACGUCUCACUAGUUAAUUCGCUUGCGGAUUGCAUGCCAAUGUACCAUACGGUACUGUGUGCCGACGGGGGGCUGUACCGGUGCAGAAGCCAAGAGUGCAUAACACUGGAUAAUGUUUGUGACGGCUAUGUACACUGCAGCGAUGCAACUGAUGAACGCUACUGCAGGAUCACGCAAUAUCGACAAUAUCUGCAACGACGACGCGCACCAGCAGGACCGGUAGUUCAUAUUGAGCCUUCCACUGAUAUUGUCAAUAUUGGAGAUACAUUUGAUCUUCGUUGUGUAUUCUCUUCGAGACAAACCGAAAUUCCCACAUACAGGUGGUACAAGGCGGAGGACGGAUCACUUCCGGCUACUGCUCAAGUCUACGGGGACAAGUUGAGAAUUGUUAAUGUGCAGAUGACGGAUAGCGGAGUUUACAAAUGUCGAGUAGAUACACCUGAAGGAAACUUUGAGCAGGAUUACAAUCUUAUUGUUCAAGGUGGCGAAAAUGACGAACCAGCAAUUGAAAUGAAGAGUGUCCUUUAUGGAUCGAGCAUAGAAAUGGACUGUCGUGUUGACUUUAACGGUCCAAUAACAUAUAAAUGGAGUAAACUUAAUGGUUUGCUCCCAGUGGUCUUCAUGUACCAAAACAAGUUAAAAUUGUUGAAAGUUCGAGCAGAAGAUGCAGGCACAUACAUUUGCACUGCGUCAAAUGGGCCUGAAACUUCGGAAGUGCCAACAGUUCUCGUUGUUACUGGAGUUGUACCCAACUUUAAUCAGGCACCUCUUAGCUAUAUCGCACUGAGGCCACUGCAUGAUUCUUAUGGAAGACAUAAUAUCGAAGUGUCAUUCAAACCAGAGAGCUAUGAUGGUAUUGUCAUGUAUAAUGCCGAAUCUUCUGAUGGUAGUGGGGACUUUGUCAUUCUAUCUUUGAUCGAUGGAUUCCCUGAAUUUAGAUUUAAUUUGGGCUCUGGUCCAGCUAUAAUUCGAGCUCGGAAACCCAUAUCCCUGGGUGAAUGGCACACAAUAAAACUCCAACGUAUGAAUAAAGAGGGAUUGAUGCUUGUCGAUGGAGAGGGCCCUUACAAAGGUGUAGCCGGCGGUAGAAGACAAAAGUUGGAUGUAAAAGAGCCACUUUACAUCGGAGGUGUGCCUGAUCACGUUGUGUUGAAUCCUAGCACUGGAGCCAAACGCAUUGGCUUCGUUGGUUGUGUCUCAAGAAUCGUCAUCGAGGAGGAGACUAUUGAUCUCAUUGGAAAUCAAACAGACAGUAUUGGAGUUACAAGUUGCGAAACGUGCGCUGAAAAUCCGUGUCAUAAUUCUGGAGUGUGUCAAGAGGCGCCCACUAAGGAUGGAUACACUUGUCUUUGCCGGGCAGGAUAUACAGGGACACACUGUGAUUUUAAUGGCCAGCCAUGUUAUCCAGGUGCUUGCGGCAGAGGCAAUUGCCUAGACACUGAGAAUGGCUUCAAGUGUCACUGCCCACAGGGUACAUAUGGAUCGCGCUGUGAACACUCGGGUCAAGUUCACCAGCCUGCAUUCAGAAAUUCUCGCUCUUUUCUCGCUUAUCAAUCUCCAAACAAAAAUUCCAGGCGGUUCAAGCUCUCGAUGAAUUUCAAUCCCUCGGAUAACGGAGACGAGCUACUUGUAUAUUGCUCAGAAACUGAUGAGGGUGUUGGUGACUUUGUAGCUGUUGUUAUUAAGGACCGACACGUUGAGUUUCGCUUUGACGCGGGCAGUGGAAUGGCUGUGGUAAGAUCGAAUUACAUUAUUCAACCGGGUGUUUGGACCAAGGUCACGAUCUAUCGGGAAUUAAAAGAUGGAAAAUUAUCGGUUAAUGGUGAGAGGAUCGUUGAGGGACACUCGCUUGGGUCUGCUAGACGAAUGACAUUAAAUACCCCUUUAUAUGUUGGAGGAGUUAACAGGACUAGAAUAAAAAUAAAUAAAAAUGUGGAUGUGACGAGACAUUUUCAUGGCUGCAUCAAUGAGUUGGAGAUGUCUGGAAUCGAUUUGCAUCUAUUAAACUCAACAAUUGACCUAGCAAACAUCGAAGACUGUGAAAUACCGGCAAUACCUUGGAGUCAUAGUUCACCACUUCCAACUGUUCCAAUAUUCCGCCACGAAACUCCAUCGCCGUCAGUGAUUUAUACAUCGAUGACUCCUCCCUACAGUCCAUGUGACGAGAAUCCUUGUAAACACGGGCUUUGCCAAAUUUCUCAUAGCUACGACGGCUACUCUUGCACGUGUGAAUAUGGAUACGUGGGGAUUAAUUGUGAAAAUGUGCUCAGGCAGUGUGAAAUGCUGAAACCUUGCAAACAUGGAGGGACUUGUUUAGAGAUGCAUGGAGCUUAUAAAUGUGAUUGUCCACUUGGCUUUAGUGGCAACAAUUGUGAAAAACAGGUAGAAAUAGCUUAUGAUGUUACAUUCAGAGGGGAUGGAUGGUUGGAGCUCGAGCGUACAGUGAUGACACACGAGGAGGAUCGUGAAGUAAUGGGCUUUGAAAUAUCUACUAACAAAACUCAUGGUUUGAUAAUGUGGCAUGGCCAACCACCAGAUGACCUCAAUCCUGAUGAUGAUUACAUUGCACUUGGAAUUAUUGAUGGGUACAUAGAGUAUCAGUAUAAUUUGGGCUCAGGACCAGCUGUAAUCCGCGUAACAACCCAGCGCGUGGACGACGGCCAACGCCACAGAAUAAUACUGAAACGUCAGGGUACCGAUGGUAGUAUUGAAUUAAAUGGUGAACACACCGAGAGUGGUGUUAGCGAUGGAUUAAAGCGAAUACUAAAUGCUCGUGGCAACGUAUAUCUGGGUGGUGUGCCGGAUUAUGCCAUGACAUAUGGAAGAUACUACAGCGGUUUCUCUGGCUGUAUUUAUACACUCGAAGUUCAGGACUCGGGUGCUAUUGAUAUUGGGGAAAAGUCUGUUAGGGGGAAAAAUGUUUUUCCCUGUACUAGAGUGAGAUGGAAUCCCUCCUCUCUGGUAUUCACCGACGGUGAUACUGACGGUUUUGAUGCAUUCAUACCACCCCCACCUGUCAACAUAAUCCAUCCAAAACCUACUAUUAGUUUAGCCUCAUACCAUUCUAAAAAUUUCACUGGCCUCAUUAUUAUUCAAUUAACGUGCAAUAUUCUUAUCGAUUCAGCAGUGCCUCGCAAUGUAUUGACGCUCUUGAUGAAUGUAAUCCUAGGAAAUUUGGUUGAAUAUUGGUUAAUCUAUUAUUGAGUAUUUUAUCGUUGUGUUGACUAUUUUAGGAUUUACGAUAAAAAAAGAAACAAAAUCUAGAUAUUUAAUGCUUGAUCAAAUAUCCCUGAGGAGGGUGAUUAAAACGAUUCUUAUUUAAACAGAGAAAUGUAAUUUUUACGUGGGAAUUAUUCCAAUGCAGAUUUAUUUUAGAAAAGAUAAUAAAGUUUAUAUACCGACAAGAUCUUCCCAUGCGGGACGGGGCGAAUGGAUAAUGGUAAUGUGGUAAUGAACGGAUUCGCUUUCAACUCUAUACCCGCGCUUAAAAAUGAUCAAAUUCAUCUAAUUGAUGUGCAUAUCGUACAUUAUACAAGGAUAUAAGAGUGAAGAUUGAUUCUAUGCUGGAAGGGGCAGCAUGUGGAAAAGAGGCAGUAUAAAGUUAAUGACGAGGAAAAUUAAUGAACAACUGGAGAUCUCCCCAGGGAUUCCCAAAAUGUUCCAUUUUCCUCUGUAUUCUCCAAAUAUUGAGACAACCCUAGGAAAAAUUGGAUUCGUCGAAUAACGUUGUUUCUCUUCUCCACAGAAUUGUUUACUAUCAAAAAUUCGGAGAUUCAAUUUUACACUGUGAAAAAAUUUACAUUAAAAUCAUGAAAAUAUUUUUGCAGAUGGAGAUAUUUUUUACGAUAAUUUCAACGAUUCAAGGUAAAUUUUUUAUUGAAAUAGACAAGUAAUAGUCCUUCAAAAAAAUAUGGAUAUAUUGCUUUUUAGACUUGAAUAAAUUUUCAUCAGUGUAAAAAUGAAUGAGAAUAGCUUACGCUAAUUGCCCACUUUUAUACAACUACUAUUUAAAGUUAUGUAGACGCCUACGAUUCGCAUGACAUCAGUUGUCUGCAAUUUUUAAAAAUGAUAAAACAACAAAAAGAAAAAAAUACUCAAUACACAUUUUUGACGCUUUACUGUAUUGAAGAAGGAGACAAAACUUUCAUAUUUAUUCAUUAAAAUUUUUAUACAUUGCAUGGAAGAUAAACGACAAAGACAGCGGAAUACCUCUGAUUUUAUCAUUGACUCAAGAGAGUGCGGAUAAUAAUUUAUUCACUGCCAGUCUUUCAUUUGAAAUCCUUUGAGUAAUCAAAAUUUUAUAGAUGAAAUAAAAGCUCCUAUUGAUUAAUUCUUCUUUUCGAAUGUAUUGAAACAAAAAACUACAGUAAUUAUCAUAGAUGCAGUUAAAAAUUGUGAAAGUAUGCAAUGCAAGUGGCGAAUAUGACAAAAAAAAAUGAAAGUGUAGCUGGUACUGUUAUGUAUAAAUUAUAUAAAUUGAAAUGACAAUAAAUAUAGUUUUGAUAAA